AUAUUUAAUAAUAUUCUAUAAUGGCGGCUUUAUGUAGUAUUUAAUGGAAGAGAAGUAUCAGCGCUGGGGAGCGGUUGAAGGCAAUAAACUUCCGUCUUUCCGUGUCCCUCCUCGGAGUUCCUCGAGGGAAUUAGGGAGAGUGGAGUGAAGCCACUCGAGUUCUUCGUUAAAAAUCCCAUCUUUGAUCGAUCUAGUGUCUGUUCCCCUUAUUCUAGAAGCUGAUUCACAGAAUUUGCUGUGUUGAUCUUUGAUGCUCCAAAAAUUCCUUUUUCGGAGGUGCCCUCUCUGUUGAUCCUGCAGUGGAGUGGAACAAAGAUCUGGUCUUGUUCAAGAUUCCGACCUCUUCCCUAUGAAGAACCACUGGAUCCCUGCUUCUGCCCUUGUCUGGGGCUUCGUCUUGUUGUUGGCAGUAGCUGCAGUCCUGGUGGCUGCCCAGAACUCCACCUAUAAGCCGCGGGAUCACAUCCUCCUGAACUGCGGCGCCUCAGGGCAGGUCACUGACCCCGAUGGACGAAAUUGGACCGGCGAUGCCGGAUCCAAGUACGCGCCCUCUUUGAACGGUGGUGGCUCCGCAGCACGGCAAGAUCCGUCGGUUUCCUCAGUGCUCUACUUGACCGCCCGGGUCUUCACUUCUCCCUACACCUACACCUUUCCUCUCGGUGCUGGCCGGAUAUUUAUCCGCCUUCAUUUCUAUCCUACCACUUACUCCAACCAUUCCGCAUCAGAUGCCUUCUUCUCUGUCACGUCUGGCCAUUACACCUUUCUACAAAACUUUAGCGCCUCUCUUACUGCCGAUGCUCUAAAUUUCGCUUACUUUAAUCUUGAAUUCUCCGUCAAUGUCUCCACCGGCGGCCUCAACCUCACUUUUACCCCAUCGACCACCCAUGCGAACUCUUACGCCUUUAUAAACGGCAUCGAGAUUGUAUCAAUCCCCGACUUCUUUAGCUCUGCAAGUCCUGUGCUUGUUAAUGGUGGUGACUCGUUCCCGUUCCCGAUUGAUCCUGACCAGGCUCUCCAGACUGUUUACCGGUUCAAUGUGGGAGGGCAAGCGAUUUCCCCCGUAAGAGACUCAGGCUUAUUCCGCUCUUGGGACGAUGACACACCGUACAUCUAUGGUGCUGCAUUUGGCGUGUCUUACUCUGCCGAUCCCAAUGUUACCAUCGAAUACACGGCGGAUGUGCCAAACUACAUCGCGCCAUCAAAUGUCUACUCUACAGCAAGGUCAAUGGGCCCAGAUGCACAGGUGAACUUGCGCUACAACCUUUCGUGGAUUCUCACGGUGGAUGCUGGCUUCUAUUACCUUGUGCGGCUACAUUUCUGUGAGAUCCAGUAUCCAAUAACCAAGAUUAACCAGAGAGUCUUCGAUAUCUACCUUAAUAACCUGACUGCACAGCGAGAAGCUGAUGUCAUUGGUUGGAGUGGGGGAAUAGGUAUUCCCGUUUACGAAGACUACGUGGUGAUACUAAGUGGAAGUGGGCAGAUGGAUCUGUGGGUUGCGCUGCAUCCAGACACCAUGUCAAACCCAGAGUAUUAUGAUGCCAUCUUGAAUGGGCUUGAGGUAUUUAAGUUGCAGAACAGUGAUAACAGUCUGGCUGGUCUUAAUCCAUCACCACGUCGUGAGCCAGAUGUGGAUCCUAGCAGGGUUGACAAUAAGCAGAAUGGGAAUUCAAAGAGUAAGAUUUUUGCUAUUGUUGGUGGGGUGAUCGGAGGGUUUGCCGUCUUGCUUGCUGGUUUUUGCCUCGUUGCAAUGUGGAAACGCCAAAAGAAGAAGAAGAAAGGGAAGGAUGCUGCCAGCAGUGACGAGCCUUCGGCUUGGAUGCCUCUCUCCGUCAGUGGCAACGCACAUUCAGUCACAUCAGCCAAGACGACCACCGGGACCUCUGCAUCGUCGCUUCCUUCCAACCUCUGCCGGUACUUCUCCAUCGCAGAGAUCAGGGCUGCCACGAAAGACUUCGACGAGUCUCUCCUGCUUGGAGUCGGUGGGUUCGGUAGGGUCUAUCGCGGGGAGAUAGACGGUGGGGCUACGAAGGUCGCGAUCAAGCGUGGUAAUCCGAUGUCCGAGCAAGGUGUGCACGAGUUCCAGACCGAGAUCGAGAUGCUUUCCAAGCUCCGACACAGGCACCUUGUCUCUUUGAUCGGUUACUGCGAGGAAAACUGUGAAAUGAUCCUAGUCUAUGAUUACAUGGCUCAUGGGACUCUUCGGGAGCACCUCUACAAGACGCAGAAGCCGCCUCUUCCGUGGAAACAGCGGCUUGAGAUCUGCAUUGGGGCCGCGCGUGGUCUGCAUUACCUUCACACAGGUGCGAAGCACACCAUCAUACACCGAGAUGUGAAGACCACAAACAUACUGUUGGAUGGUAAAUGGGUCGCAAAAGUUUCAGAUUUCGGGCUUUCAAAGACCGGCCCGACGGUCGACAACACCCAUGUCAGCACGGUGGUGAAGGGCAGCUUCGGCUACCUCGAUCCGGAGUACUUCAGACGGCAGCAGCUCACCGAGAAAUCUGAUGUUUACUCGUUUGGGGUCGUCUUGUUCGAAGUCCUCUGUGCUCGGCCGGCGCUUAACCCCACUCUUCCGAAGGAACAAGUGAGCUUGGCCGAGUGGGCACUGCACUGCCAGAAGAAGGGCAUUCUCGACCAGCUAGUUGAUCCCUUUUUGACUGGUAAGAUUGCUCCGCAGUGCUUCAAGAAGUUUGCAGAAACCGCGGAGAAAUGCGUGGCUGAUUUUGGGAUCGAACGGCCUUCCAUGGGCGACGUGCUCUGGAGCCUCGAGUUCGCCCUCCAGCUGCAGGAAAGCGCAGAAGAGAGUGGCAGCAUCAUAGGGAUCUCCGACGACACAACUCCGUUUGUCCUGGUAGGAAGCAAAGACCCUAGUGAUCCAUUGACCGGAACUAGCCCCGCAACGACCACGACCACCACCAUAAGCAUCGGAGGUCGGAGUAUUUCCAGCGAGGACUCCGUCAGGUUGACUCCCAGUGCUGUGUUCUCGCAGAUCCUGAACCCGACGGGGCGGUGAGAGGUCUGCUCUAUGCUUUCUGUGCAUCCUUAUUUACUAUGUUCGACAUGUUUGUGCUGCGAUACUAUAGAACCAUAAAAUUGAAGGGACGUAUGAUCUUGAGCAGUGCAUUGGACACUCGAAAGAUGAUUGUUAUUGCUAUAGGUAAAUAUGUUGAAAUGUAAUCUUGUAUUACCUCCAAGAACUGCUUUUCCUUUACCUGAAGGUUUGUUUGAUGUGUGUGUGUGUGUGUGUCUGUCUGUGGAAAAGCUUGUAAACCUUGAGAUCUAUUGUUUUUUCUUCUUUGCUUA